GUCUGGGUGGUAUUCAGGGGAGAAGAAUUAUAAAAACUUCAUUAUAAAAAAAUAAAAUCAGCUGGUUCACAGGAACAUUAUUACUGUUAUAAAUCAAGGAAACUAAAACAUUAAAUUGAUUAUAAUACUCUCAGGUUCAAAAACAUAUUGUAGUUCAGACAAUUUAUAUUUUUUUGCCUCCUUAAAAUACAGUGGUUGCUGGUGAAGGAAGAUGAAGGGUCCUAUAAAAGUUAACUAUUGUCCCAACAUUCCAAGGGUCUACCUACUCUGAUAUAGAGUUUAUAGUCUUGUCUAUUGGGACAAUAGAGUGGGUAAAAUGCUAAUUUCUUUUUAAUGAGACAUUUAACAGUGUCAAAAUCAACAUCAAAGAUAUUGUUCAGGAGAGACAAAUUGAAGCUUGGUGAUUGGUACAGGCUUAGUUACACAACGUGCUAAACUCUUGAAUAUUGGAAAUUAUUGAUGCAUUGGCCAAUAAAAUAUUUGAAUAUUGACUAUUCAGGCAAUGAAUUAUAUUGUAAAAAUAUGGAAGUAAGGCUAGCCAAUGGCAUCUUAUUUUCUCCAAAUAUAUUAUUUGUGUUUUCUGAUUUUCCAGCACCAGCUCAGAAGGUAUGUGUGUAUUGGAUGUACAAUCUGAACAAACUGUUACAAAUCCUAGCUGUCAUUUUCUGGCCGAAAAGUGCAGGAAUGAUGAACAAGUCCAUUUCAUCCAUAAUGGACCUUGCGGUGAUGACACCAGGUUGACCUGGGCUAUUGAGAGAGCAAAUCUUUCAGCAAACAGCAGAAAGAAAGAGCUGUGUGGAUAUGACAUAUGCUAUGACUGGGAAAGAUGUUCAGAAGAAAGAUUGCACUGUACCUGCCUGCUUCCAAAUCAGUGUACAAAGGGUGAAGAAGAGCUCUAUUGCAUUAAAUUCGGGUCUAGAAACCAAAGGAGGACAUUAACCCUCUGUGCACUUGGAGCAAUGAAGUGUGCCAACGUGAAGGCAAUGGUGUUGCAUCCUGGGAAUUGUGUGUCAUAAAAUGAGAUGGCAAACAUAUAUCUGAUGUAUUCAGUCCUAUUUCAAUCACUGUUCAAAAUAAAUUCAUUGAAUUAAAAUGUUGGUAUAAGAACUGAA